AUGUUUGACAUCAACGUGCCCACACAAUUCGGCACGGGCACCGUUCGCAUUGCGCUGCCCCCGAGUUCGCUCUUCAGCUUUCCUCCCGCUGCCCUCCCCUCGACCAUCCCUGCGCCACACGUCGACGAGCUGUCAUGGAAGCAACCUUUCAACAUUCCCGAUGAUCUCUAUAAUCAGCUGUUGGACGUGCGGGUACCCAUCACCAUUGCCAGCGUCUAUGCGGUCACGGUCGUCCUGAUCAACCGUAUCAAUAAAAGUCGUGGAUACAAGGCCUAUGGCUUCAGCCACUCGCCCCUCUUCAAGCUUUUCGUUGUGCUGCACAACGUCUUUCUGGCGGUCUACUCGGCAUGGACAUUCAUCGGUAUGUUCCAGGCCUUCGGCGAUGCUUGGGCGGAUCGGAAUCAGCCCAACGGGCUCGUUGGAGUGGUGGACUCGCUGUGCAAGAUCAAUGGACCUCGUGGAUAUGGAAACGCCGCAACCUAUAGCUCGGUCACUGACCAGUGGUCCAUUCCUAACCCGGAGUUCAAACUGACCGGCGGGCUGCCCGACUCCUCGGAUGUGGGCCGCCUGUGGAAUGGCGGCUUGGCCUACUUCGGAUGGAUCUUCUACCUGUCCAAGUUCUACGAAGUUGUCGAUACCGCCAUCAUCCUGGCCAAGGGCAAGAAGAGCUCGACUCUGCAAACCUAUCACCAUGCAGGUGCCAUGAUGUGCAUGUGGGCCGGUAUUCGCUACAUGGCAGCCCCUAUCUGGAUCUUCACUCUCGUCAACUCCGCAAUUCAUGCGAUGAUGUACACUUACUACACUCUCACUGCUCUGCGCAUCCGUGUCCCCAAUGCCAUCAAGCGCAGCUUGACCACUAUGCAAAUCACGCAGUUCGUCUUCGGCACCAACAUGGCCGCUGCUUAUCUGUUCGUCCACUAUACCAUCCCCUAUCCAGUCGGCAGCAGUGCUCUGAAGCACUUGACCAAGGCCGCACCUGCUGUGGCCACCGCCAUGGCUGAAUCCGGCUCCAUUCCCUGGCUCAAGAAGCUCGCUCUGCGUGCGGCUGGUGCCGAGGGCAUCGCCGAGAACGUUGGUGGUGCCGUGACCGCACCUGCCCCCCAGGUUGGCUACACCCAGGAAAUGACCACUUGCGUGGACACCUCCGGUCAAGCUUUCGCCAUCCUCCUCAACGUCUCGUACCUGCUGCCUCUGACCUGGUUGUUCGCGCGCUUCUUUGUGCGAUCUUACAUGAAGCGCAAGGACCCGAAGCAGCCCACUCACAUGGAGGCUGCUGAAAAGGCUGGCAUGGACGCCCUCAAGGGCGUUGGCCGUGAAAUCCGACGCGCCGCAUUUGAGGGCGAGAACAGCGAAAACACAGAGAACACGGACGAGGAGGUUGUCCGCGCGCAAGUGCAGAAGCUUGCUGCUCGGGCAUCUCCUCAGGACUCCCCCAUUCGCACCCGGUCCUCUGCGGCCAACAAGGCCAAGGCCAGUGCUGCUGGCGCCACGGCUACUCCUUCCCGUGAUCGGUCAUCCGACGAGGGCUUCUCGACUGUCCCCGCCAAGAAGGGCGCCAAGAAGCAGACCAAGGGCGACGUGGAGCCCGCUCCUGUCCUGACGGAAGUCCAGGGACAGAACCCCUUUGGCGUUCUUGACAACAACGCUUGA